AGAGGUGUGACAACUUAUUUGAAAUUUAAUAAUAAUAUUUAAACCAAAAACAUUUUUAUCAAUUAUAUAUAAGGAUUUAUAAAAUGUCACAAGACAUAAUUCUUUCAGGUAAUUUGGACAUGCUUCACAGUUUGUAUGAUUUCAAAGCAACGUAUGCUAAGACCCUGAGUUUUAAAAGCAAUGAAUACUUUUUACUACAUCAAACAAAUACAAAACAUAAAAAUUGGUGGGAAGUAAUAAACGAACAGGGAGAAAUGGGUUAUAUACCCUCGAACUACGUAGAAACCAUUACAGUAAACCCCUCAUUCUUCAUACAGUUUAUAGAUAACUGUUUGGAAAGCCUGAAAAGGCCAUCAGAAUACUCAAUUGGUGAUAAAAGUGAUACAAUUUCGAUGCUCAAAGAAUUGAAAAAGCAAAUAGAACAGUUACCGGAGAUUUCUAAGAAUUCCAUAGGUGUUGAUAGUGAUGAAAAUCCUCCCUUAUUAUUUAAAAACUCGGAUGGGAAGCUUGAACCUAUACAUUCUUCAUCAAGUAGCUGUUAUAUAGAGAGAAAGAGUCGGAGCUUAAGUGAAGAUUCUAUAAAACUAGUGCCAAAAUCUCAGAGUAAUGGUAGUAUACAAAAAUCUGUAGAAAAUAUCAGUGAAGAAGGGAAACCUGAACCUUUUAAAGACUGCAAAAAGUCUGACUCAAUGGUGUCAAAUACAUUAAGCAAUGUGUCUCCACCCAUAACGCACCAGUCUGUUUAUGAUUUAGUAGAAAGUGUUAGGAUUAAUACUCAGCUAUCACAUGAAAUGUCAAGAAUUGCUAUGGUGACAGUUAUUCAAGGGCUUCACGAACUACUACCAGCAUCAGUUUUUCCAUAUCUCAGUACAAUCCUUUCACAUUCCCAAGCUUCUCUAGUGGAUGAUGUUCAAAUAGACCAAACACAUGAUGCUAGUCGAUUAAAAAUUAUUUUUAAUGAACUGAUCUCAUGUAAAGAAGAUGCGCAACAGAGAAGUUGGAUGUUACAUGAAGAUGAAGAUGUCAUCAAGGAAUAUAUUGUUGAAAUGAUCUCAAUAUUGUCGAAUGCAGAUGCAAGUAUAUCAAGACAUGUCAUUUCCUCUGACCAAUAUCACGUUAUCACAACCUUAAUCCAAUAUUAUCAAAUGGAAACCAGAUGGUCCAUAAGACAGUUGCUCUUACAAGCUUUUGGAGUUUUGUGCAGUUUGGACAAAACUGUUAUCAACAUUAUGCUGACUUCGGUUUUACCAAGUGAACUAGCAAGGGAUAUUACAACUAACCCAAGGAACAUUCCAAAGCUCAACUAUUCUUCUUUAUUACUGACUAUGAUUUUUUCCAUGGGAGAACCCAUGCCUGUUACUCAUAACGAAUUCUUGGGAAAAACUUUCUUGGCUUUCAUUCUCGACAACAUAGAAUAUCCCCCAGAUACAGAUUUGGACGAGCAAAUCCCAGAUCUAUUUUUAAAUUUGAUAAUUUCUUUUAAUCUCCAAUUUACUGAAGAUGUUGAGAACCCUGUUUUAGCAGCUUUAGAAGAACGGGAUGUGGCGAAAACAUUUACUGAGAAGAUUUUGUUGCUGAUUAACAGAGAAGAGGACCCUGUGAGAAUUUUUGAUCACGAACCAGCUCCGCCUCAUUCUCUUUUAAAAUUGUUUAUUGACUUGUUCGGUCGAAGAUCCACAUCUGAUUUGUUCUACACGAAUGAUGUUAGAGUUCUCAUUGAUAUUAUAGUUAGAAAUAUUUCGGAUUUAUCUACAGGGGAUAUGAGAAGGCGGCAAUACCUAGAACUAUGCAGAAGAGUGAUGCGCAACACGAACUACGAGGAACACAAACACAAAGUCGAUGAAAUACUGAAAUGUUUUACCAGAAUAUUCUGCGAAGAAAGCGAAUUCAGUAAAUUCGAUCAAAAAUUAGUCAAAGAAAUCUCCAAUGAGUUUCCUCAUUUGUUUAAGUAAACCAAACAUAUACUUAUUUUGGCUGUUUAUUUAUAUGUGAUAUUUUUCCAAUUUCAUUUUUUGAUAUCAAAAACGUUUUUAAAU